CCUCUUUCUCACACUCCUUAUAUAACGAAGGAGAGAGAGGGAGAGAGAGAGAGAGAGCAGAAAUGGGAGAGGAGGAAGAGACGGUGAAUGUGAUGGAGAAGGAAGAGGAAAAGCUAUGGAACCAGAAGAAGCAAACCCUAAUUGGUGAAGUUGCAGAGAAGCUCAUUAAUGGAGAUCUUGAUACACAAAUACAGGCGGCCAGAGAUAUUAGGAAGCUGGCGAGGAAGUCCUCAGCCAAGACUCGCUCCAAGUUCGCCGCCGCCGGCGUGAUUCAACCCCUUGUCCUCAUGCUCGUCUCGCCAAAUCUCGAGGCUCGCGAAGCUGCUCUUCUCGCCCUCCUCAAUCUCGCCGUCCGAAACGAAAAAAACAAGGUCCUGAUAGUUACAUCCGGUGCCAUCCCCCCUCUUGUGGAGCUCCUCAAGUUCCAGAAUGACAGUUUAAGAGAAUUAGCAACUGCUACAAUAUUAACACUGUCUGCAGCUGCACCCAACAAGCCAACUAUAGCAGCUUCUGGAGCUGUCCCUCUUUUGGUGCAGAUCCUCAGUUCUGGUAGUAUUCAAGGACGAGUUGAUGCUGUUACAGCCCUCCACAACCUCUCCACCUGCAAUGAGUAUCCCACCCUGGAUCUUGAUGCUAUAGCAGUUUCUCCUCUAAUCAGCCUCCUCAAAGAAUGCAAGAAAUACUCAAAAUUUGCUGAAAAGACCACAGCCCUACUGGAAAUCCUUUCUAAGUCUGAGGAAGGAAGAAUUGCAAUCACAAAUGCUGAUGGUGGGAUACUAACCCUAGUGGAAACAGUUGAAGAUGGAUCUCUUGUCAGCACAGAACAUGCCGUUGGUGCUUUGCUCUCCUUGUGCCAGAGUUGCCGAAAUAAAUACCGGGUCCUCAUUCUUAAAGAAGGUGCAAUACCUGGGCUUUUACGACUAACUGUAGAGGGUACACACGAGGCUCAGGAUAGGGCUCGGACACUUUUGGAUCUGCUCAGAGACUCUCCUCCAGAAACAAGAUUGACAUCCUCUGUUUUGGAGAAAAUUGUUUACGACAUUGCUGCACAGGUCGAUGGAAAAGAGAAAGCUGCUGAAACUGCUAAGAGAUUAUUGCAAGACAUGGUGCACCGGAGUAUGGAGCUCAGCAUGAGUCGUAUCCAGCUAAGGGCUGCAUCUUGUACACCUUCAGAUAUUCCACCAGUAUGACGAAUCUUGCUCGGUUCAGAAGGAAGUAUAUAGAAGAAACUAACUGAGAGUUUGAGUGAACGACAUUAUGUUUGGUGUAUAGAAGCAUCUGAGAGUGUAAUUUCUAGAGUUAGUACUGAAUUAGAUUAGUACUGGAGUCCUGUGAGGUGAGUUUAAUGACCUUACCGGGCGAUGUAUAUCUUCAACUCUCUGAUCAAGCUCGUGUUAAAAAGUUUGUGAAAUGUACAUUUCUCUUAACUUCCCUUGUAGAGGACAAAGCACUGCCAAUGUGCAAGCGGAAUAUACUUUCUUGAAUCAAUUGUACUACUACCAAUACUGCAUGGAUGUAUUUGAGAAAGUUUGUUAAUGGCUGGUUCUUUCCAGCGUUGAGAUUUAAUCAU